AUUAUUAAAUCAAAGCAUAAGAAAGGGCCACAAGGACCCCAAAAUUCUGCGAUAAAACCCUAAAGACAAAACCCCACCGAAAGCUUCCAACACUUUCUCUCAUUUCACUCGGUCAAAAAAGCUCAAAAUCAUAACCCCACACACACCACACCAUGCAUCAACCGGAGAACCAAGACCUCUACCGCUUCCUCGCCGGAGACGGCGUCAUGAACGUUGCCCAGUACGGUUUCCCGGCAGACGUCUGCGAUCAGUUUCCUGGGAUGCAAAGCUUCUGUAGUUCCUCGUAUUAUCCGUUGGAGGUGGCAGGACUCGCGGAUACGCCACCGCAGGACAGAGCACUUGCCGCUUUGAAGAAUCAUAAAGAGGCUGAGAAGAGGAGGAGAGAGAGAAUCAACUCCCAUCUCGAUAAGCUCAGAAGUCUUCUUCCUUGUAAUUCUAAGACGGACAAAGCUUCACUACUGGCGAAAGUAGUUCAACGAGUGAAGGAGCUGAAAGAAGAAACCUCAGAAAUCACAGAGCUCGAAACCUUUCCGUCGGAAACAGACGAAAUCACCGUACUCGCCGGUGAUUAUUCCAGUGACGGCAGAUUAAUAUUCAAAGCCUCGUUGUGCUGCGAGGACCGCACGGACCUGAUACCGGACCUGAUCGAGAUCCUAAAUUCUCUACACCUGAAAACUCUCCGAUCAGAGAUGGCGACGCUGGGUGGAAGAAUUCGGAAUGUGCUCAUUGUCGCCGCAGAUAAAGAUCACAGCAUUGAAUCGGUGCAUUUCCUGCAAAAUGCGUUGAAAUCUUUGCUAGAGCGUUCGAGUUCUAGUGAUCGGUCAAAGAGACGACGCAUAUUAGACCACAAAAUGAUUCUGUGAUGAUUACUGUAACUGCUUUUGCUUGAUUUUUUUUUAAUUUUUUUUUUUUCCCAUUUUCAGGUUUUUGUUAAUUUUUGGAUUUUCUUGCAUGAGCUGGUUUGUGGGUGUGAUGGGUUUGCAUGUGAUAUUGGUAGUGUUCGUUUUCAUUCAUUGAAGUAGAAAAAGUAGAAGAAUCUGUGUAAGUCUGAACACUGAAGUGUGACAUUAAUGGCGUCUGUAAAAGCUAGCAUUGGUUCUGUGAGUUUCCAAGUAAAAAGCAUUUGAUAUUAUUCUGUGUACUAAA